AUGAGAUCACUGCCUCAUGUACGUUUCUACGCCACUACAGGUACUAUCCCUAAACUAAUAAGACUUGAUCAACUUCAAGAUCUUAAUGAAGCGUGCGCUAAGAAUAGCACAUUAGCGAAGUUAAGAAAUGCUUAUGUAUCUCACAGAUUUGAGAUAGUUGACGAUAGUGAAGAAUGUACGCCAAGCUUGAACUCAGUACGGUCUCUUCCGAUGACUGAAUUUCCCAAGAACAAAAUCUUCGAGCAAGUGACAAUGGAUUCAAAUAUUGCGGACUGGAGAAAACCAAUCACGAAAUGGUACCGCCUAGGGAAAUCAAUACUAAAAAGCUAUUCUACAGGGAUACGAGCAAUGUGGAACAUACACCGAGACUCUAAAAAGAUAAUCAAGAAAUAUGGUUCGCCAGAACAAUUAAACACGAAUAUCUUCAGAACAAUAGAAUUUCAAGAAAUCGAAAUGCGAUUGAAACGAGCAGAGGAUAUAAAGUUCCCACUAAGCCGUGCAGAAUUCCAAGAAUGCCAUAGACGCGCGGAGUUCUGGAAAUUACCUAGCUUCAUUGUUCUAUUUAUAAUCUUUGAGGAGAUGCUACCGGUCAUUUGUUAUCUAGCACCCACCAUUGUUCCUUGGAACUGCUUGACACCUGGCGCAUUGAAGAAAAUCUCGGAUAGAAGAGCAAUAUACACACAUGAUUAUUCUGUUUCAGAGAUUCCAAGAUACCAAUCACCAUAUAUGGUCAAACCCAAUGAUUUAAUGAGUGUUCUCUUGAAGUGCAAGCUCAUACCCAAAUGGAGAGCAAACAUAUACAAAUGGUCGGACAACAAAGCCAAGCCUUGUGAGAUUCUAACAAAUUUCCAUCAAUAUCUUUUUGUCGAUGAUUGGCUGCUAUUAAGACAUAUAAUGAGCGAUGAAGUAACGAAACUGAGUGAACGUGAGCUUGUGAAUGCAAUACUAGAGAGACAGCUUUUCAAGCGUGGUGAAGAUCUAAAUACAAUGGUGAAAAACAAAACCAGUCAGAAGGUUUUGGUAUGGAGAUUAAUGAUCUACUGGGCAUUUAGAUUUGAUGGCACUAUCACUGCAUCGAAGGAUGCACUUUUUUCGGAGAAAUGGGGAGUAAAUAACGUCGCAAUCCUGAAUUUCCCAGGAUCUGCUAAAUUACUAGAAGAUAAGCAACUUAAAAAUAUACAAUGA